UGUUAUUGUCCACGCUUCCUCGAAAAAUGGCGGACAUGGAUGAAUUGUUCGGGAGUGAUGGGGACAGUGACAGUGAACAACACGACUCUGGCUCAGGGUCAGGAUCUGAAGGCGAGCAGGAGCGUCCAAGGUCUGCAAGGUCUGUCAGGUCUGCCAGGUCUGGCAGCAACGCCUCAGGAAGCGAGAGCGAGCGAGGAGCAAGGAGUGACGAUGACGAGGAUGACGAAGGCCAAGACGGGGGGAAGCCCAGCAACAAAGAACUAUUUGGAGACGACAGCGAGGAUGACCAUGAACGUGGAAGCCAACACAGCGGCAGCGACAACCAGUCCGAACGUUCUGGAAACCAGUCGGACGCAAGCAUGCACUCUGAGCCAGAAGACAACGAGCACUCAGAUGCAGAGCAACACAGCGGCUCGGAGGCCCAUCACGAUGAGGAUGACCGGGGUCACGGGUCAGACGUAGGCAGCCCGGCAUCAGGGGCAGGCAGUCGGCGCUCGGGAAGCCACCGUUCACCAGGAAGUCACCGUUCACCAGGAAGUCACCGUUCACCAGGAAGUCACCGUUCGCCCGGGAGCCAUCGAUCAGGCAGUCACCGGUCAGGCCGUGGCAGCGCGUCCCCCAGGUCAGAGGCAGGGAGCCCACGCUCCGAUGCUGGCAGCGCUCGCUCCGACCCGGGAACACCACAGUCUGGAGCGGCUACACCACACUCUGGAGCGGCUACUCCACGCUCUGGAGCGGCUACUCCACGCUCUGGAGCUGCUACUCCACGCUCUGGAGCAGCUACUCCACACUCUGGGGCGGGUACGCCGCGCUCUGGGGCAGCCACCCCGCACUCAGACGCAGAGGGUCACUCCGAGGAUGAGAAGUGGGGCGGCAGAAGCCACAAGAGCGACCAGUCGGAGGAUGAGGGGAAAGCCCAGCACUCGGACAACUCUGACGACGAAGGCCCAGUGAGGAGACAGAAGACAGCAGAGUCUGCCAAAGGAAGUGACAGUGAGGACGAUUUUAUUCGACAGAAGAAGAAGAAAAUAGCUUCAGAUUCUGACUCUGACAGCGAGGUUGGAGGCUCCAAAGGUCCAAAACCAGCAGCGGAUGAUCUGUUUGGUGAGGCCGAUGACAUUUCUUCAGACAGUGAUGCAGAGAAGCCUCCCACCCCUGGACAACCAAUGGAGAACGAGGAGGGUAUGGAGGAGGAGCGAGCGGAGGAGGAGCCAGUGCCUGAGACGCGCAUCGAGGUGGAGAUCCCCAAAGUCAGCACUGACCUGGGCAGCGACCUCUACUUUGUCAAGCUUCCCAACUUCCUCAGUGUGGAGCCCAGGCCAUUUGAUCCCCAGUAUUAUGAAGAUGAGUUUGAAGAUGAGGAGAUGUUGGAUGAGGAGGGUAGGACCAGGCUCAAACUGAAGGUGGAGAACACCAUUAGGUGGCGUUCACGCAGAGACGAGGAGGGCAAUGAGACCAAGGAGAGCAACGCCCGCAUCGUCAAAUGGUCUGAUGGCAGCAUGUCACUGCACUUGGGUAACGAGGUGUUUGACGUCUACAAGGCACCCCUCCAGGGAGACCACAACCAUCUCUUCAUCCGCCAGGGGACAGGUCUGCAGGGCCAGGCUGUCUUCAAGACCAAGCUGACCUUCAGGCCCCACUCCACAGACAGCGCCACCCACAGGAAGAUGACCCUGUCCCUGGCUGACCGCUGCUCCAAGACCCAGAAGAUCCGAAUCCUGCCCAUGGCCGGCCGAGAUCCUGAAUCCCAGAGGAACGAGAUGAUCAAGAAAGAGGAGGAGCGUCUGCGUGCGUCCAUCCGGCGCGAGUCUCAGCAGCGCCGCAUGCGUGAGAAGCAGCACCAGCGCGGGCUGACCUCCGGCUACCUGGAGCCCGACCGCUACGAUGAGGACGAGGAGGGUGAGGAGGCCAUCAGCCUCUCCGCCAUCAAGAGCAAGUUCAAGGGCGGGGGAGGACUCCGAGAGGAGCGUGCCAGGAUCUACUCUUCAGACAGCGACGAGGGCUCAGACGAGGACAAGGCGCAGCGGCUGAUGAAGGCCAAGAAGCUAGACAGCGAUGACGAGGGCGAGAACUCUGCUGGCAAGAGGAAGGCUGUGGAUGACGAUGACGACGACGAUGAUGAUGAUGAUGAGUCCUCCGCUAAGAAAGCCAAGAAGUAUGUGAUCAGUGAUGAGGAGGAGGAAGAGGAAGAGGAGCAUGAAGAGGAGCAUGAAGAGGAAGUGGACGAGGAUGAGUGAUUUUUUUGUUUUUGUUUAACUCAUUUUUAUGUUUUGUUUUUGUUUCUAUAUGUUUGACUUAGUACUAUGGAGUGUCCAUUUGUACAUUUUAUAAUGGAACUGCAAAGAUGUAUAGUAACGACCAAAAUAAAUGCACAAGUGCUGUGAAAACUGGA